AUGGGGCUGACUUCCGACUGGACAUUGCCGACUGAGCUGGGUCUGACACCGAUCAUUGCUAAAGAACCCAAUUACUAUUCCAUUCCAACGCUGUCGGACCGUUCGAGACGGCAGGAACGUUCGAGUUCUGUCCAUGUAGACCAUUCUCUCACCCAACUCCCAGUUGAGAAAGAUUCGAUAGGAGAAUUUGGGGUUUUAACAUUACCCAUUCUCAGAGUCACUGAGGGACAUCGUCAGCAUCUCCUCGAAGAAUUGGAAAGUGCUCAGGUCACCGGCAUAAACUUUGCCUUACCAUCGUCCCAGUCCUUGAGUCGAUUUACAAACGCAUUUUUUGAUAGCUUCUAUCCACAUAUGCCCGUGGUGCACAUACCAACGUUCAGUCUAGAUAACUGCGACGCUAAGAUCACUCUAGCCAUGGCUGCUCUGGGAGCUCAAUAUCGGCACGAGCACCGGAAAGCGGUCAUGUUAUUCUAUGCGGCCAAAUCAACACUGAAGAAAGAAUUGCAUGAGCGAGAAGCAAGAGCGAUCAACAUAAAAUAUUCUUUGAGUCCGUAUACAAAUACGAAUACAGGCCAGGACCGAUCUAGCGCCAAGGGCCUCCCAUAUCAGGAGCUUAUGUGUGAAACACGUUGCGCUCUCUACCUGAUCGCAUUUGCAACGUGGCAGGGCGAACCAGAGAUAGUACGGGAAGCGUUCAACCUUCAGAGUUUUCUAGCAAGAUGCGUCCGAGAAGGUGGACUAGAAGAGAGCGAAGAGACUCUUCAAGCUACUCCUCUCGACUGGCACACAUGGAUUGAGCAAGAGACAAACAGGCGACUUAAACUUUUCUCUUUUGCUUGGCUUAACUUGCAAAGUAUAGCUUUUGGGGUACCUCCAAUCAUUCUAGCCGAUGAAGUUCAUCUUCGCCUUCCAUGCACCUGCAUCGAAUGGAUAUGUCCGAACCAGGAGAGAUUUUCAGCAAUUCAUGCUUACGGUCACCAGGAGCAAAUGCUUUUCCAGGAUGCACUCGGUCACUUGGGGAAAGGUGUUCCCAGUUCAAAUUUUUUCUUGUCGCAACCAAUACCCUCACCUUUAGCAAACUAUAUCCUUCUCCACGGUCUCAUACAAAAGAUCACGCUGACGCAUCGGACCAUCGGCUGGACCCUUGGUCGCGGAAACGCUUUGUUAGUUGCUCAAAAUGAAAGCAUGCGAGAUUCUCUUCGAGCGUGGACUUUCCAAUGGCAACGAGCCCCCGAGUCUAGUCUUGAUCCUCGAAACCCGAAUGGACCCGUUACUUUCACGUCAACUGCUCUGCUCGGUCUUUCAUACGUCCGGCUCGCCUUCGACAUGGCCUCAUACAAAAUUCUGGAAUCUCGAAGCCCCCAGGAAAUCGCCACCCGACUUCUCAACUUACCAGAUCUUCCUCACGGCCCCCAUCUCCUUCCUGCAAUGCUCCAUGCAACCCACGCCCUAAGCAUACCCGUCAAACUGGGGGUGGAUUUCGUUGCGCGAAGCCAUGCUUUUGUAUGGAGUAUUCAACAUUCCAUCUGUGGGUUUGAAUUCGCGGUUUAUCUUUGUAAAUGGCUGUACCAUAUCUGCGAUACUCAUGCGACAAGACCUCUUGAUGAGCAUGAAACCCGAUCGAUAAAUUGGAUCAGUGACAUCGUCGAGGAAGGGCGAACAUCCGGUGACGAGGAUCUUUGUCCCGAACCAGUAUAUCCUUCUAAUUACAGAUACCUGGCCUUUCUUGUUGUGAAGUUAUGGGCUCGUCUUAUUAGGGGAAACGGGCAGUGGGCACUACUGGGAGUUAUUGGAGAGAGCCUGGACAUUUAUGCUGAUGGAUGUCGAGAGAAGUAUAUUUUAACCCAAGCCUAG